CUAGUGAUGAUGCCCAGCUUCUCAGGGAUGCUCUUGGCCUGCCUGCUGCUCACAGGCCUGGUACAUGGUGAGGCUGCCCCUGCUGCUGUUGCCUCUGUUCGCCGCUCCUGUCCUGAAGGGUCCAAAGCAUUUGGCUCCUACUGCUAUGGCUUGUUCAGUAUAGCACAGACCUUGUUCAGUAUAGCUGCAGAGAUGAAUUGCCAAAGCCAGACUUCAGGCCAUCUGGCCUCACUGGUGAAUGAGGCUGAAGCUUCCUUUGUGGCAUCCUUGGUGGCUGAGAGUGGGGGCAGCAGCAUCCCCAUCUGGAUUGGCCUCUAUGACGCCAACAAGAACCGGCGUUGGAAAUGGAGCAACAAUUCCUUUUUCACCUACCAAGCCUGGGCUCCGAGUGCCCCAAGCAACAGUAAUCCUGGAUACUGUGUGACCCUGACACCAGAUACAGGAUUCCGAAAAUGGAAGGAUCAGUCUUGUGUGAACAAUAACUUCUACAUCUGCAAGUUCAAAGCCUAG